GUGGGCGCGCCGGUGUACCGGCUGCGAGGCGCGGACCCCGAGGGCGCGCGCGUGGCGUACAGCGUGAGCGGCGAGUGGCUGGCCGUGCAGCGCGACUCGGGCGUGGUGACGCUGCGCCGGCCGCUGGACCGCGAGACGCAGGGCCUCUUCGAGCCCAACACGGUGUCGCUGCGGCGCGAGGUGGCCGUGCUGGACGUGAACGACAACGCGCCCGAGUUCCUGGGGCGGCCGUACGCGCUGGCGCUGGCCGAGACGACACCCGUGGGCAGCGACCUCGCGCUCAACAUCAGCGUCGCCGACGCCGACGGCGGCGUCAACUCCGACGUGGAGGUCACGUGCGACCACGCGCCCGGCCCCGCCCCCGCCGACCACCCGUGCUCCGUCUUCGCCGUCCACACAGAAAAGGUGUCGGAGGGGCUGUUCGGCGUGCGCGUGACGCUGGCGCGGGCGCUGGACUUCGAGCGCCAGGCCGCCUACCAGGUCCCGCUGCGCGCCGUGGACGGGGCCGCCGACCCCGCGCGGCGCCUCAGCGCGACGGCAGCGCUGCUGGUGGACGUGCUGGACGUGCAGGACCAGCCGCCGCGCUUCCUCAACGCGCCCUUCUCCGCCACCCUCGCCGAGGGCGCGCCGCCGGUCACCAUCAUAGUGACUGACGUGGACGACCAGAUGCCCUCCUUCAACCAGAAGCUAUUCCAUAUCAACGUGUCUGAAGACAUCGGGUCGGACACGCCGCUGCCGGGGCUGGCGCUGGUGGCGGAGGACCGCGACGUGGGCGAGAACGCGCGCUUCCGCCUGCGCCUGCGCGCCGCCGGCGCCGCCGAGGGCGCCUUCGCCGUGCUGCCCACCGCCGCCACGGGCCGCGUGCCCGUCGUCAUCAAGGUGGUGGACGCCGCCGCCCUCGACUACGACGCGGACGCGGCGCGCGUGGAGGUGGCGCUGCUGGACGCCAACGACCACGCGCCGCACUUCGAGCGCGCCAGCUACCGCGUGGCGGUGCGCGAGGACGCCGCGCCGGGCGCGCCCGUCGCCGCCUUCGUCGCCAGCGACGCCGACAGCGGCGCCUUCGGCCGCGUGGAGUACGCGCUGCGCGGCUUCGGCGCCGAGGCCUUCCUC